UGGUGUAGAAGAAAAAGUAGAUUCCUUAGCACACGAGUCUCAGGGACAAAAGAAAAAGUAAAGGCUUGCGAUAUGAAAACUACAUGCAUCACAAUCUUGUUUUGGCCACUCUCCAUGCUAUUAUUAACAGGUGAAAGCCAGUCUUCUAGAACAGAAGUCAAAUGUAAUUUCACUGAAAUGAAUUAUUCUUUGAUUCCAGCGGAUAUCAAUAAAAAUGUUACUAUACUUGAUCUGAGUUAUAACCAAAUUACUCUGAAUGUUACAGACACAAGGGUUCUACAGACAUAUUUUUUACUCACUGAACUCUAUUUGAUUGAGAACAAUAUCAUUAUGUUAUAUAAUAACAGCUUUGGUAACCUCUCCAACCUAGAAAUUUUAAAUAUGUGUACAAACUCCAUCCACAUAAUUCAACAGGGUGCGUUCAAAGGCUUAAAUAAACUAAAACAGUUACAUCUCUGUCAAAACAAAAUACUUCAGCUGAAUCCUGAUAUAUUUUUACCCCUAAAACACCUAAUACUUCUGAAUCUGCAUGGCAAUUUGAUAAGCUAUUUUGAUGUACCACUAAUGUUUCAUCUGGAAUUAAUAAUUUUGUAUGGAAAUCCAUGGAACUGCUCUUGUAGUCUACUGAAUUUGCAGAACUGGUUGAACACCUCAAAUGUGACACUAGAAAAUGAGAACAUCACCACCUGUGCAUACCCAGAUAUCCUGAAAUGCUACAGUAUCACAACAGUACCUUACAAUGCAGAAUGCUACUCAAAAAUUUCUCCACCUAUAAAUGAAGAUCUUUAUAACCAUUUUCAGUCCAUUAACAAUUCAACAUUUAAUAGCUCUUUGAACAACUUAAAAAAUUCAGAACAUAAACUUCUUGGAAAAAGCUGGGCUUUUCUUGUCGGUGUGGUAGUCACUGUACUGAUGACUUCAUUCCUCAUUUUUAUUGCUAUCAAAUGCCCAAUAUGGUAUAAUUUUCUGCUUAGUUACAAUCAUCAUCGCCUGGAAGAGCAUGAAGCAGAAACCUAUGAUGACUGUUUUACUGAAAAUUCAAGUUCUCUUUCACAGGCCCCACAUACAAACUCUGAAGAAACUACAGAAAUAUUUGAACAACUACAUUCAUUUGUAUUAGAUGACGAUGGGUUUAUUGAAGACAAAUAUAUAGAUACUCAUGAAUUACAUGAAGAAAAUUAAUUCUUUUCAAUGUUUGAUUCUUUAAAAAUGUUACUGGUUCACUUACAGUUUAGACAUAGAUAGAGAUUAAGCAGGUGACAGACCAAACUGUGGCUAGUAGACUUUUAUAUUAAUUGCAACACAUGAAUAUCACAAAAUCAUGUUUUUCUCAUUGGUACUAAGCAAGUAUGUCCAAAUAUACUAACUGACAUUAUCUGGUAGCUAAUGGUUACAACAGAAGCAUUACUAUUCUCAGCAGUAUUCAGCAGACCAUACAUCCUAAUAAGAAAAAGACCUAAAGUAAAUUAUUCAUUAAUUAAAAUGAACUGAUUCUCUUAUUAGCCUGGAUAUUUGAUUCAAUACAUAUUAAAUUAUAUUAACAUUUUAUUGGUUGGAAUAAGUGAAAAAUAAAGGUUUUGGAUAUCACAAGUCAAAGUGAAGAAGCUUAAAUAUACAACAAAGAUUGAUUUUAUGCUCAUAGAAUGAAUUCAUGGAAUUGGAAAAUAUUUUAAUGUUUCCAGAAUCAGCACAAUAAAUUUCCUUAAGAUUUCGUACUUGAAGCACAGGCACAGUGUCCAAGCACAAUCCCCACCUAACAAAUUACUAUUGAUUUAAAAAAAAAAAAAAAAAGUUACGGAUUUUGGCUAUAAAGAAAGACCAUCACCAUAAUGCAAGAUCAUCACAACUGAACAGUAUGGUGACUUCCCAAGUGGGUAUCACAAGUUUCUAUGAAUCCUAUUAUUUAAAAAUUAUUUUCCCCCUUUCUUUGGAGAAGUUCAUUCAAAUAAAUUUGUGUUGGAAUUGAGACAUUUCCAUUGGUCUAGGGACAGCUGUUUUGGAUUCUGUAGAUAGAGCAAUGGUUCCCAAAUUGUUGUUACAGAAUAUUAAUUUCUAGGAAAAUGCCCAGAAAUAUUUAUAAGGGGAAAAAAGGUACAUGGCCAAAUUACUAUAGAAUUCCUAAAGGAAAUACUGAGUUUAAACAAAGUGAAACAAGAUUCUUUACCAUAGGACUUACUUGAAACUACACUAAAGUGCUCUCUGCUCUUCGAGAACCAAGUAUUAAGAAUCUUCCAAACUUACUGGACAUCAAAACCCUUUCUUUGAGGUAUGCCUACAAAGAGUUCAUAGCAAAAUAAUGGUCAAAAAAUGUAGUUUGGACUACAAUGGCCUUGAGACUAUUAUAGGAAGGAUUUCAAGUUAAUUAUUUACUAAUUCUUAUUAUUUACUAAUUCAACUGGCUGUGAUCAUAAUUUUAACUUAAUGCAAACAGUGGCAUUAAAAGCUGUAAAAAAAAAAAUCCAUCAUUUUUACCUUCCAUAUGGGUGGAAAUAAAGUGUAUUUAUCUAUAUAUUUUAAAGAAAAGAACAUCUCUGAAACUAAAAUAAAAUACAUUUAUAGAUGAAAUAAUAUGGUAUCUUUAGAACUUCAUCAUAAUACAGGGAAGGGAGUAGUGCCUAGACAUCUGUAUGGAGCAGAAAUGGAUCUGAGCUGAUGGAGCUGGGAGAUGGGUACAUAAGAGUAUAAUACAGUAUUUUUGUGUCAUUUCUCAAAAUGCCUAUGUACUUGAUAGUUUCUCAGAAAAAGGAAACUAAAAAUAAUGUAGAUAUAUGUUAUAUUCUGCAGAAUAGUUGUUACAUCAAUAGUAAAUUCAGCUCAACUGUCCACUGAGGAAAAUGAAAAUUGUUUAGGAUGAUAUAUAUAUGCCCUGUCAAAAAGAACUGACUCACUUAUUUAUAAUGCAUAUUUGCCUGUGUUUAUAGAAACAUGCUUUCAAUAAAGGACACAAA